AUGGUAAUACUUAAAGAACCUGUUCAGCUGCUGCCUCAAUCAUCUCUGUUACAUAAUAAUGCGAGCAAUAGUAGUAGUCGUAUAAAAGAGACAAAAAAAGUCAAACUAUCUUAUAAUCCCUUAACCAGGAGGCAAAUCCUCAACAACUUUGAAAUUAUAGGCACUUUGGGCAAUGGACAGUAUGGCAAGGUGAAAUUAGCAAGAGACCUUGACACGGGUGAAUUGGUCGCAAUAAAAAUCCUCAACAGAUUUGAAAAAAGAAGUGGCUAUUCUCUUCAAUUUAAACUGGAGAGUUCGAGAGUUGAUGGAGAAAUUGAAGCAAUGAAAAGAUGUCAUCACAAGAACGUCGUGGAAUUAUACGAGAUUUUGAAUGAUCCCGAAAGCUCAAAAGUUUAUCUUGUACUGGAAUAUUGCUCAAGAGGCCCCGUUAGGUGGUGUCCGGAAAACCAAAUGGAGAUAAAAGCGGUAGGGCCAUCAAUACUCACUUUUGAACAAUCAAGGAAGAUACUAUCAGAUGUGGUAUCAGGUCUAGAGCAUUUACAUUCCCGAGGAAUAACGCAUCGAGAUAUCAAACCUUCGAAUUUGUUAAUUUCAUCAAAUGGAACUGUGAAAAUAUCUGAUUUUGGAGUUGCUAUUUUAUCUACUACCGGAAGUACUAAUAUUCAAUCAUCGCAUGAACAAAUUUUAAAAUCUAAAACAUUAGGAACUCCUGCUUUUCUAGCGCCCGAACUUUGUUCCACGGACAGCGAACAUUGCUGCACAUUCGCAAUUGACAUCUGGUCUUUGGGAGUCACUUUAUACUGUUUAUUGUUUGGAACUUUGCCUUUCAAUGCUAAUUCUGUAUUGGAACUAUUUGACAAGAUUAUCAAUAAAUCAUUGGAAGUCCCAUCCUAUGAGGAAAUGUUAAACCGUGGCACCUCAGAUAUUACAAUCGAAGAGUAUAGUGAUGCCAAAAAUUUAUUGUAUAAGCUAUUGCAGAAAAAUCCCGACAAGCGAAUAGCAUUAGCAGAGAUUAAGGCACAUCCAUUUAUGUGUCACUAUGGUGAUAACGAUGCGUCAGUUGCGGCCUCUCUAUUGACAGAUUUUGAAACAUUUCGUGAAUUGAAGGUUUCUCCUCCCUGUUCAUACAAAAAUGUAGAAUUGCUUAGCCUACCAGUAAAUUCAUCUUUUGCCUCUUUAGAUAGCCUUUACUUGGAAAACUUCGACUACAAUAACUUAAGGGCUGGUGUUGACAAGAAUUCAAAAUAUGUCCCAUCCGUAACCGAUGCAAAUACAUUAUCGCCCUUAGCAUAUCAUAAUCUCGAUUCUAGAGAGUCAUCUUAUUCUUCCUUUUCCUCUUUCACAUCGUCCACCGUUUUCCCUUCUCAGAUCAGUAUUCAUGAUGCCCCACCCAUUGGUGAUCAGUAUUGCCUACCAGAAGAGAAUGGAAGUUCAUCAAGAGUAAAUUCUUGUGGACCUUCGCAAUAUAAAAUCAUGUCUACCCUCGGAGAACAUUCUUUUGACAGCACAGAAGCAGAUUUCGGAUCGGCUCUUACCCCUGUCAAUAAUUUUCCUCAACAAAUUAAAGCCCACCUAGUGGAGGGCAAAUCCAAUAGCAAGAGCCAGCUUAAAAUAGAGACAGACGCGUCACUCGUAUUUGAAACUAGCGACGCACAGCAUACAAGGAGACGAAUGUCGCUUUAUAAAAUUUAG